GAUAGAGAUUUUCGGCCAUCAAAAUAUUCCAAAUUUGAUAGUAGCUCAGAAGAAGGGAGUAAACAUGGCUCGCCAGAUAUUGGUCAUAAACUGGAUUUCGAUGAAUCGAGUGACUCAGGUUUAGUAGAAGAAGCGCAACAAAAAAUGUUGGUAUCUAUGCUGCCGGAAUAUUUCCCUGGCAUUUCUGGUUGUAGAAACGUGGCUGAAUUUGAAUGCCUUAACCGAAUCGAAGAAGGAACUUUCGGUGUUGUUUAUCGAGCUAAAGAGAAAAAAACUGAUGAAAUCGUUGCGCUAAAACGGUUGAAAAUGGAGAAAGAAAAGGAAGGAUUCCCUAUAACAUCUCUCAGAGAAAUAAAUAUGCUUAUAAAGGCUGGUAAUCAUCCGAAUAUCGUCAAUGUGAGGGAAAUAGUUGUCGGUUCAAAUAUGGAUAAAAUAUACUUGGUUAUGGAAUAUGUUGAACACGACAUGAAAACUCUUAUGGAUUCAAUGCAUUCCAGGCAAAAAAGUUUUACCAUCGGUCAAGUUAAGACAUUAUUACUGCAGUUAUUGCGGGGUGUUGCUCAUCUCCAUGAUGAAUGGGUUCUUCACCGAGACCUUAAAACUUCAAAUCUUCUUCUUUCCCAUCAAGGAAUUCUGAAGAUUGGUGACUUCGGAUUAGCAAGAGAAUUUGGUGACCCACUAAAGUGCUAUACACCGAUAGUAGUAACUUUGUGGUAUCGUGCUCCAGAGCUAUUACUUGGAAUCAAAGAAUAUUCAACAGCAGUGGAUAUGUGGUCAUGCGGUUGCAUUUUUGCUGAAUUUCUUAAACUGAAACCUAUAUUUCCUGGAAAGGGUGAACUGGAUCAGAUCCAUAAAAUAUUUUUGGAUCUUGGUACUCCAAGUGAAAAAAUAUGGCCCGGAUACAGCUCUCUACCUGGAGUUAGUAAAGUGAAAUUUGAAUAUGAAUAUAAUCAACUAUGGAAAAAAUUUCCUUCAAACGUGGUUGAUAAAACAGGAUUGGAUUUUCUAAAUGAAAUGCUGCGGUAUGAUCCAAAUAAGAGGCUUACGGCACGUGAAGCUUUAAAACAUAAUUGGUUUGAGCAGGAUCCAUUGCCAACUCCACCGGAAAUGUUUCCAACAUGGCCAGCUAAGAGUGAGCUAGGCAAAGCUGCUCCAGUCGCCAAUAGUCCGACUAAAGCCGCAGUUGUAGCAAAAGAUGUAAGCUUUAUUUAUUUAUAG